AUGAGUGGUCAUUUAUCUAUUGGCGAUCGAUGGCGAAUUAUCUCGCUAAGUUUAGAUCAAGGUAUGACUACCAACCAAAUAGCUUCUGUUAUUAAUUGUACCAGUCGAACUGUUCGUAAUAUUUUACAAUUAUUUCGUGAAACAAAUAAUGUUAUCGAACGAGAAGAACGUGGUCUAAGACUUUCUGAAGUCUCACUCAGUUUUGUUCCUAAAACUAUAGAAAGUGGCGAUCUUGUUGGCAUCUUAUUCGGCAUGAAAAUUGAUUCGACCAUCCUAUCAACACCAUUUGCUGAUGUUGGUGAUGUAAUAACCGUCUUUGGCAAGUCGAUUUAA